ACAGAAGAAAGAGCUCCUCAGUUAAAGGAAGUAAAGCAAAUCAGAAGCCUGGACAAUAUAAAUAGGGUCUGAAAUAGACAAUCAGGUAGUGUAAACAGAGCUGUUCAUUUGGGUCUCUUUUUAAUUAGUUUUUUUGCUUUCAACUGAUCCAACUUGUUGAACUUCUUCAAUAUAUUUCUAAGCAGUCUUGAAGACGAUAUAUUAAUCACAUCUCAACAACCUUUGCAUGAUGGGUAAAACACUCAGAAAGGGAGAAAAUCCCAAGAAAAUUGCAGGCAAUGCCAGGAAACAAGAGCAAUUAAACAAAAAAGUGCAAGAAGAAUUGUCCAAACUUGAAGCCAGCGAAAGUGCCGAAUGGUCGAAGGGCGCUAAAAAGGCAAAUAAAAAAAAGGAGGAAUUGGAGGCAAAGAAGCAAGAAGCCUUGCGUAAGAAGCAAGAAAGAGAAAGACUUUUAAAAGAGGAAGAGGCCUCUUUGCCUCAAUCUAAAGGCAGGCGUAAAGGUGGUGCUGUUAAAAUGGCUGUUAAGAAAAAUGCCAGCUUGGAUGCUUUCUUGAAGGGUAAUGACGUUGAUACUUAUAAUGCUUCAGGCUUAUCCUCUGCCCUCGAUGCGUUGGAUUUGCUAGAGAAAGAUUCCGGUGUUUCUAACAAGGAUAUAGACAGACACCCUGAAAGAAGAUUCAAAGCUGCCUAUAAUGCCUACGAGGCCAGAAGAUUGCCCGAAAUAAAAAGCGAAAAGCCUGGCUUAAGAUUGGUUCAAGUGAAGGAAUUGAUAUAUAAAGAGUUCCAAAAGUCUCCAGAGAAUCCUUUCAAUCAACACACAAUAAACUUCAAUGCCAGUCAAGCUGAAAUGAACAGUAUGAAACAAUCAAUUAGACAUAAAAAGGAAUUGCAAUUUACUCAAUAAAUUAUCAUUUCAGUGCUGCGUUACUUCUCAUAUUUUUGUUAUCCCUUUUUUAAGUAUUUUUUUUAGUAUUUUUUAGGUUAUUUAAUUUUAGAUGAUUUAGUUUUUUAAUUUCAGUAUCUUUUGAGCGAUAAUUUCUUUUUUUGUUUGUGUUUUGUGUUUCCCAGUGUCUGCAAUUGUAUAUAAUUGUAUAACUUGGUUAAGUUUUCCCAAAUAUGCAAAUUAAUAACAUACAAUCAUCAACAGUCUAUCCAGCGCAGUUCUGUCUCAUUCUAUUCUGUUCCAUCCA